GGUGUUAAAUAAAGUGUAGUGGCUGGUGGUGGAUGGGCCGCCUCCCCCCACUUACACUUCCACGCGUUGUUCAGCCGCAGCUCGUGAUAAGGUUUUCUUUCUUUAGUUUUGUUUAUUUUUUAGCAUUGAAUAUAAUGUCUUGGUACCCCAAUGAAACAGGAUGCAAGAACUUGGUAACAAAACAGGGUGAACCUCCUGGGGACACUAAAAAAGAAGUUGUCUGUUGUAUGACUACUAAAGCUGAAAAACCCACGCUCCAGGGGCAGCGCAUAAAGACUCGAAAGAGAGAUGAGAAAGCGAAAUACGACCCUGUGGGGUUUCGUGAUGCAAUUUUACAGGGUCUCAUUGACGCUGGCUCAGAUUUAGAAGCUGUCAACAAAUACCUUGACCAGGCCGGAUCUAAGCUUAAAUAUCGCACUUACGGAGAAACACUUUUCGACAUUUUAAUUGCUGGUGGCAUCCUCACUCCAGGUGGAGGAAUCUCUGAGGAUGGGAUCGACAGUGGUCCAGUCCGCACAAACAUGUGCGUGUUUGGGGCACCAGAUGACUCUUACGAGACAUUACGUGGUUAUGCAGUGGUGUUCACCAGGCUGAUGAGGCGCUACAAAUAUCUGGAAAAGAUGUUCUAUGAAGAGAUGAAAAAGGUCCUCGUUUACCUGAAGGGGUUCGGAGAAGGUGACCGCAUCCGCUUGGCACGCUGUGUUGCUAUUUGGACUAGCGACUCCCUGCUUGAUCCUAAGGUGCUAGCUACUUUGUUACAGGAUCACCUGGUAAAGGAUGGCCUUGCUGCAGAUUUUAUUUGUGAGGUACUCUUAACUGCUAAGAACCUCAAGGACCUUAAUACAGUGCGAUCUUUGCUUCGCAAAGCUGGAUUAGAUUCGAGGUUGAUGGAGUUCUUGCAGGCCAACAAACGAACUGAUGAGAAUUUCAAGAACCUGUUUCAGCAGAAAGGCCUUGAAGAGAUACUUGGUAUCUACAAGAAUUUGGAAAAAGAAACUAGCCUGAAAGAGCUUCAGAUUUAUCUGAGCCAGCAGGUCAACGAGGGUGCUAGUGUCAAGGACAUUAUAGUAGGUGUGCAGGAGAUUGCAAAAAAGAACAGCAUCCAGGAGCCUCAGAUAGUUUCUGCUAUUUGGUCAAGUGUAAUGGAUGCAGUGGAAUGGAACAAAAAGGAGGAGCUAGUAGCUGAUCAAGCACUGAAGCAUUUACGUGUGUAUGCUCCUUUGUUUGCUGCAAACACAAAAACAGACCGUGCAGAGCUCACCUUGCUGGUUAAAGUUCAAGAGUUCUGUUAUGACAACAUGAACUUCAUGAAGGUGUUCCAAAAAAUAGUCAUCCUCUUCUACAAAUCGGAAGUCUUGUCAGAAGAAGUGAUUCUCAAGUGGUACAAGGAUGGUCAUGCAACCAAAGGAAAGUCUAUAUUCCUGGAUCAGUUAAAGAAGUUUGUAGAAUGGCUACAAAAUGCUGAAGAAGAGUCUGAAGAGUCCGGUGAAGAGGAGGAGGACUGAGCCUUGUGCCUAUAAAAUUCAGGACUUCGGCACAGCCAAUGUUCCAACUUUGCUGCCAAUCACUGAGGAGUCAUCUCUGUUGUAAUCAGUAAUGAGGCGCCUCCCAAGCAGAGUAUUUGCCAUAUCGCCUAGCGCCUUUGUUUCCAGCGGCUCCAGUCAAGCCCACACAAGCUCUUAAAACUUUUUUUAUAUAAAUUCCCCAAGAGGAUCCGAGAGCAGCAUCGGCCCUCCAUCUCAAUACUGCCGCUACAAAUGCUUCGUUCAUCUUCUAGUACAAAACCAUUGCUCCUCUCUUGUGACCAUCCAUGUUGGAGUGAUUGUAAAGUUUCUGGGGCCUUGCUGUGACAUACUUGUGACCAGUUUUGAGGGAUCUGCCCUUGCAGCUCGGCUUGAGGCCAGGCUUCCUUGUUGAUUGCUUGGUCAACCAGGCUGUUGCAGCUAGUGGCCCACAGGCCAACAGCCAUCAGUCUGGCUGAUUUGGUCCAGUUUCCUUGCUUGGUCAUUGGCGUGGAAUUGAGGACAGUGCUCUUUCUCAUCCUAGUUUUAUUUGAUUGCAUUUUAAAAUAUUGGUUUACAUGUCCAGUUUUCAGCUACUGGCCACUCUAAUUAUUAUGAUUUUAAAAGAAAAUUGUAUAGUACUGGAUAGGCAUUGUUGAAUUGUGUAAUAUACUUUCAGUGGUGUGUGUGCGUGUGUGUGUUUGUGUUGAGAAUCAGUUACAGUUUUGCAUUCAUUUUCUUGAAGGAUUUGAGUGUGUAAGGAUGAAAUGUCAUUAUCUUUUUUUUUCAUAGGAUGCACUAGCUUGCUCGAUAAGUUUUCUGAUAUUCCAUGUUGUAGUACUUGGUCUUGUAAAGUGAUCAAGUGUUUAGCAUGAAAAUGUUCAAUGAGAAUGAAAAAUAACUGAUUCUUUUUACUUUUUUAUAGAAGGGGGAUCUUCCCCACUUGCCCAUGGUAAUUCUUUAUUUUAUAAUCCUUAUUGUAGGUGUGGGACAAUGUUUUUUUGAUAAAUAAAAGCAUUAAAAACA